GGCGCCAUUGUUCAUGCCAAAUGUAAACUGUCGAGUGUCGCAUCGAUAUAUCGAAGCAUGUGUAUUUGUGCAGGGCUCCGGAUAUUAUGUGGUAAAGAUGCGAUGAAGAAUCUUUUGUGUGCAGUUGAUAUGUGUACGAAGAGACUUUGUAUAACCGAUACUAGGGGAUUGCUUUCUGAGGGGAAAAGCCAUGGUGAUGAGGGCAAAAACUGUCCUCAUUGCGGAAAUUUAUCUCCCAAGUCAAUACCUUCAGGGAGAUUGCGAUCAAGGACCGGGUUGAUUAUGAUUUACGGCAUUGUUGCAGCAUUCACUCUCAUUGGCAUGGCUACAUUACUUUUCUCCAGUCGGAGUAACUUCCUCCAGCUGCCAGAAAUGAAAUCAAGUCAUCGGCCAUCAUUGUGGACUCCCUUUGCAGAUGGGAUUCAGUACGAAAUCGAAACGGCUCCAUCUGAUCUUUGGGCGAACAACAUUUACAUGGGAGAGCCAUGCGAUGAAUCAGAACGGGCGUGGAAUAAUCUUAUACAUCCAAAUCGAGGACAUGGCGUUAGACUUUACCGCGAGGAAGCUGCAAAGCUAGACAUCAACAAGAGCAUACUUUUACAGGACAACAACUUUGCUGUGAUUCUUACCGUUCAUCAUAAUCUUCACUGUCUGAGACGACUCCGACAGUCCAUCUUUCCAGAACAUUACUAUGCCAAUUGGACAGACGAAGAUCGAGAAGAUGAUAGACAUCACCAAUUACACUGUCUUGAAUCUCUUCGUUCAUCCAUGAUCUGCCAACCAGAUCUAGCACCUCUCCCCUACUACUGGUCUGGUAAUGUCAGACACGAUAUGAACGCAAGUCCGCAAUCCAAACGUGAGUGUGUCAAUUGGGAUGUAUUUUCUGAAUAUUUGAAGGGGAGAAGCUACAAAAGGUCUGAAAUGAUUCAUGAUUAAUUCUGGGGAGUGUGUUUACUUUCGGUUGGGCUCAUAUAUGCGAGUUGAUCAAUUAGUGUUUUUAGUAUUGAUAGCCAUAAUGUCUGUUCCUUGCAUCUACUUGACUGCCAUAAUUUAUCUUCUUAGUGCCAUUUAAGAAUUGGAAAUUUAAUUGGAAAGGGCCGGUCUCCAUUGACAAAUCGGAAUCCCUCGGUAAGACA